GGAGUUAGUCCUAGAUGCACUGGUGAGGAGGUUGGAACGCAAGAAGCAAAGCAUAAGCACUAUUUAACACCGUAGCCAGCAACAAAACUGCAAAGGAAUUUCUUUCAGAACAAAUUGAGAUAGGUAAACCCUAUUGUUGUAUUUUUCUUUGAAGAACCAACAGCAAGAACAAAUUAUUCAACAUGUCAUUUUUUAAUAAAAUAUCAAAAGCAUUCACAGAUGAUAAAUCCUCCACCUCAGAUGAAAGAGACCAGGUCAUCCGUGAAACUAAGAAGAAAACUCGGUUACUGAAUGACGGUGAAUGGAUUAAAAAUACCCAAUCAGACAAUUCUCAGAAUGGCUCAGCUGAUGUCAACUAUGGAAAAUCGGCAUUAAGCCGAGUGAAGUCAGAAGAAAGUCUGAACAGGGAUUCAACUGGGCCAAGUAAGGUGUCUACGACAAAAUCCGACACGAUAGAUGGAAGGAAACGAGACAGCAAUACCACCAAUCUCAACAGUCCUACAAAGAAGUAUCCAAGUUUGGACAGAUACAGCAGGAAUAGUUCAUACAAAACAGAAGAAACUACAACAACGACAAAAACAACAUCUGAUGGUAAAACUACCACUCAGAGGACAUAUCAAUUCAAAACAGAUGAAUUGCCGAAGAUGACAAUAGUUACAUCUGAGACAAAAACUGAAAGUCCAACCAAUAAGAGUGCACAGAGCCGGUCCUCUCCUGAUGGUCAAGUGAGAACACCAGAAAAUACACCCUCAAAGACAAAUCUGAAAUGGGAUAGCAAGAAAGAUGAAACACCAGUGAGCACCUCAAAGACAUCCACUCUGGAGCAAGACACUUUUAAGAAAAAUAUAAGUAAACCAGAACCUUUGAUUGAUCUGACACCAAGCACAGAAAAACCAAAAACGAGAUCAUCAGAUUAUACAUCGAAGUAUGGAAGUAAAAGUCUAAUAGAUCUGUCAGAUCCUCCAGAAAAAACAAAUGAGAGAAUGCCAAGUACACCUCCACCUACUCCAGAAAAGAAAUCAAGCCUGAUUGAUCUGACACCACCGAUUAUUCCAGAUAAACCGAAGAGGAGUAGCGGCGAUUGGGACACCAUCACCUCUUCUACCACUACAAGCUCAAAAGCAACCUUUGACCCAUCCUCCAAGUCAAGGAGCGGUGGAGACAGAGAUACAACCUACUCGAGCACCACUACAAGCACUAAAUCAACUUUCAGCCCAACCUCUAGGUCUUCAAGCAACAAUGACUGGGAGCCCAUUACUCCAAGCACCACAACAAGUACAAAGGCAACCUAUGAUCGAGACACAAAACCCACCAGAUCUACAAAUGAACAAGAUCUUUACAAUGAUGAAUCAGGCUACAAGUCACCGACCUCUUAUACCAAGACAAGUAGGACCUUCAGCUCUAAGUCAGAUAGUGGUAGAAGCCCAUCCUCUGAUGAGUAUCAGUAUAAUUCUCGAUCAUCCUACAAGGAAAACAGCCCUCCUUCUGAUGAUGAUGAAUCUUCAGGCUAUCGAUCCCCAGGCUAUUCCCUGCAGAGAAACUGGAGCUCCAGCUCGUCUCUUUCAGAUGGCAAGAAUCCUGCGAAAGUAAUAACUAUGACCACAAACUACACCAGCGCUGGACAGACUACGAAAGAUAAAAAUGUGUGCAGCCAGUGCUACAAACCAUUUAACAACAGUCCAAAAAUGAUCCUGGACGAUCUGAACAUUAACUGUCAUGCAUCAUGCUUUAAGUGUCAAAUUUGCAACCAAUCACUUGAAAACCUGAAUGCUGGAGACAGUCUCUGGGUUCACCAUCGUACUGUGCAUUGCGAAUCAUGCUAUGAUAAAGCAAAAGCUCAGCUUGGAUACUAAAUGGAACCUCAAUAGAACCUUUCUAUGGCUUGGGAUCUACUGGGGAUUAAAGAACAUAUUUACACAACAUUUUGGACUUCAGAAGUUAUUUCACUCAAAUUAUAUUGCUUUUCUAUAAUUGUAAUUUUUGGAUUCCAUUUUAAAAUAACGGAGAACUAUAUCUCUGAAUCCUCUUCAUGUUAUGUACUAUAGACCAAUUAGAUGAAAAGAACCGGUGUAUGUGAGGUGAAAGCACUGCUUCUGGUGAAGGUGAAUAGCUGCCAUAAAGUAAUUUUUUUACUUGCUUAAUGUAUAUUUAAAGAGGAAUACUAAUAUCUAAUAAGCUCUCCUUCUUAAGACAAUAUUUACCAGUUUAUACUAUGUAAACCAUUAAUUACUGUGCUAAUUUUGCUUUAUCUAAAGAACCAUGUACUCCAAAUUAUGUUAGACAACUAAUUAAAAUACAUAAAUUGAACAAAAAACCUUAAUUUAAAACAAACUUGCAAUGCAAACAUUCUUCCAUCUUUCUAAUAUAUAAUUACUGGACUAAUGACAAAAAAGGCUCAUACAUUAAAGAUUUUUUGAUGUACAGUAAGAGUUCCAAUCUUGAAGAGGCAUCUUUAACUACCAUGGUGCAGAAAUCUUAUAUCUGUAUGGCUUAAUUUAGCAAUAUAUCUAAAAUUUGAAGAUGUUCAAUAAAAAUGGUGUUCAUGGACAAUUUGUGUUACACAAUUUCAUUGGUGCAUUGGUAAUUGUGUCAUGCACCAUCCUAUUUAGUAUGACAAUGUUCUUUCUUUAAAUGCUGGCAUUGUUAAUGAAGAUAAUUUUCUAAAUUUUAUGGAGAUUUAUAUUUCUAUAUGGUACAGAUCAUGUGUAAAUGUCAUUAUCUUUUUAUUUCAAUUACUGUUGUUAUCUUUGUAACUAAUGAGUGGCCAGAUUUUUCUAUUGGUCUGGAGUAAUAGCUGAUCAUAACAACAGAAGCAUUGAUAAGAUCCUUCAAACAUAUGCACAACACUAAUGUGUCCAAGCUGUAGAUGUUUCUACUAAUAGAGAUGAAUAAUCAGGCAUUUUUAAAAAAUCUAUCUAUCGGCUGGACAGCAGUUGUGAAAGUGAUUUGAGUUGAAUUCAGUUUGUUUACAUUUGCAACAGUUGAUAGCUCUAAUGAUUAAAAUAAAGGAACAAAAUGUUGUUGUUCUACUGCCAAUAGAACUACUUCUGAAUGUUGCCUAUAGAAAUUUGUGGCCCACUCAGUCAUAAUAUGCUGAAAGAUGGUUUAGAUAUUUUAAUGAACAAAAAUAUGGUUUAAGCUGGUUGUGAUUCAAAUAGAUAUUGAAAUUGGUCAGAUUUAAUUGCAAAUCUUGCAUUCCAUAUGUUGCAUCAUCUUUAAAAGUGCCUCCUUCUUUAUUUACAAGAGUGCUGCUCCAUUAUGCCUAAUUAACUUGUUGGCAAUCUAGGAUUCAAAAUCAGAUCUCAUAGAAAAGAAAUGAGAUCAUGUGUUUUUACAAAACUUUGAAAACUGAACAUCUUUCACAUUCUCAGUUUCUCUAAUAAUUGACCAUAAAUUUAGAUGAUAUAUACACCUGUACUGAGAAUAACAUAAUUUGGUCUAAUGGAUCUAAACAAUCAACUUAUCUGAAGCAGGCAGCAAUUUGAUUGCCAACAUGGAAUACUAUCUUGUAACUGAGGAAUAUUGUAACUUCUCUGGUACGCAUUAGGGCAUGAACAUACUGCUGGCAUAGAGGUGUUUUGUUGACAAUAUUGUGCUAAUAAAAGAACUAAGCAAAAUAGUAAGCUUUACCCUUAAUUAUGUGUGUAUUGACUUUGUAAUUUGAAAACCAUUGCUUUUUAUUUCACGUUAAAAUGUUAACUCAGA